GGUUUACUGAGUCUGUACAGAUGCUGAACAGUGAUUACUCCUCUCCAUGAUAUGAUCAAAAUCUUUUUGGAUUUGACAUGAUUGCCUAGAGUAACAGAGAGGAUCACCAUGUAGACGGCAGCCGGGAGCCUGGCAGAAUGGGAAUUGACAUGUGGCACGAGUCCGGUCUGCAGCCGUGGUGAGUGCGGGCAUCCUCAGGACCUCGGCCGGACUUUCCUGGACGGCUGGUGUGCCGUUCCACUCGCUCCCCUGAAGACUCGGAGCGUCUCCUCCAUCACACACACUGGACUGGAUUUUUGUUUCUGGGAUUUUCCCCCCACCUUUUUUUUUCUUCUUUCAUUUUCCUCAUCUCCCUUCCUCCCCUUCUCUGUUGUCCUGCCAUCGUUCAGCAUUUUUAAAUCUUUUUUUUGGCUUCAGGUUUUUUUAUUUUACUACCUGUGUGUUCAGAUAAUUAUUUGCCCUAGCCACCCCUAAGACGCUCGAGCAUCGCGUGGCAAUCUCCCGACUUCUGACACCGACUCCACUCCGCUCGGUGCCACACUAGUGAGCAAUACUCAGCCACCAUGGGGGACAUGAGGAACAGCGAUUUUUACGCCAAGAACCAAAGAAAUGAAGGAUUCGGCUGCUCGCUCAUGGAGCUGCGAGGGCUCAUGGAGCUCCGUGGCUCGGAAGCGGUGGUCAAAAUUCAGGAGGAGUACGGAGCUAUCGAGGGUCUUUGCCACAGACUGAAGACAUCUCAGACAGAGGGUUUGACAGGCGAUGAAGUUGACCUUACAAAGAGGAGAGAAGUCUUCGGGAAAAACCUUAUACCUCCAAAGAAGCCAAAAACGUUCAUAGAGUUAGUGUGGGAAGCACUACAAGAUGUGACCCUUAUCAUCCUCGAAAUCGCAGCCAUAAUCUCCCUGGGACUCUCGUUUUAUCGGCCGCCUGGAGGCAACAACCAAAGCUGUGGGACAGCAAACGCUGGUGCGGAAGAUGAGGGAGAGGCAGAGGCUGGCUGGAUUGAAGGCGCUGCAAUCCUGCUCUCCGUGGUGUGCGUGGUCCUCGUCACAGCCUUCAAUGACUGGAGCAAGGAGAAGCAGUUUCGGGGCCUACAGAGCCGCAUCGAGCAGGAGCAGAAGUUCCAGGUGGUGCGUGGAGGACAGGUCAUCCAGCUCCCUGUGGCUGACAUCGUGGUUGGCGACAUUGCCCAAGUCAAGUACGGUGAUCUGCUUCCAGCUGAUGGAGUCUUGAUACAAGGCAAUGACCUGAAGAUUGAUGAGAGCUCCCUAACAGGAGAAUCGGAUCAUGUCCGGAAAUCUGCAGACAAGGAUCCCAUGCUCCUCUCUGGUACCCAUGUGAUGGAGGGCUCGGGUCGAAUGGUGGUCACGGCUGUUGGCGUAAACUCUCAGAGCGGGAUCAUCUUCACCCUGCUUGGUGCUGGUGGAGAAGAGGAAGAGAAGAAAGAGAAGAAAGGUCAGGCAGACAAGGAUGGCCAGCAGCUAGCAGACUCCCAUCCCUCCUCCCACCCCAUUGCAACUAUAGCAACCGAUGGUGCUGCAGCCGUAAAUUGCCCUGGUAACACCAGCCUAGUCAAUGGUAAAAUGCAGGAUGGAAAUAUGGAGAACAACCAGACCAAAGUGAAGAAGCAAGAUGGAGCUGCUGCCAUGGAGAUGCAGCCGCUGAAGAGCGCAGAGGGUGGUGAAACCGACGAUAAGGAGAAGAAGAAGUCUGGCGGCUCGAAAAAAGAGAAGUCUGUCCUACAAGGCAAGCUGACAAAGCUGGCAGUACAGAUUGGCAAAGCAGGUUUAGGAAUGUCCGCCCUUACGGUCAUCAUCCUGGUGCUCUACUUUGCCAUUGACAACUUUGUGCUCCAGAAGAGACAAUGGCUGCCAGAAUGCACUCCAAUCUACAUUCAGUACUUUGUCAAGUUUUUUAUCAUUGGCGUCACUGUCCUGGUGGUUGCUGUCCCCGAGGGACUGCCGUUGGCCGUCACCAUCUCCCUGGCUUACUCUGUCAAGAAAAUGAUGAAGGAUAAUAACUUGGUGCGCCAUCUGGAUGCCUGUGAGACCAUGGGCAAUGCUACAGCAAUCUGUUCGGACAAGACUGGUACACUGACCACUAACAGGAUGACAGCAGUGCAAUGUUAUGUGGGAGAUAUUCACUACAAGGUGAUCCCAGAUCCAAGCUCCAUCCCUCCCAAAACUCUGGACUUCCUGGUCAACUCUAUAUCCAUUAAUAGUGCCUACACAUCAAAAAUUCUGCCUCCAGAUAAAGAUGGAGGUCUCCCCAAGCAAGUGGGCAACAAAACUGAAUGUGGCCUAUUAGGAUUGAUUAUUGACCUGAAGCGGGACUACCAGACCAUCCGGAACCAGAUCCCAGAGGAGAAGCUUUAUAAGGUGUAUACAUUCAACUCAGUGAGGAAGUCGAUGAGCACUGUAAUUAAACUUCCAGAUGGCAACUUCAGGAUGUACAGCAAAGGAGCCUCUGAGAUCAUCCUCAAGAAGUGCAAUCGUAUUCUGAAUGAGGUGGGUGAGCCAAGAGUGUUCCGACCUCGAGACAGGGAUGAGAUGGUGAAGAAAGUGAUAGAACCCAUGGCCUCAGAUGGACUCAGGACCAUUUGUGUGGCAUACCGUGACUUUCCUGGAAACCCGGAGCCCAACUGGGAAGAUGAAAACAACAUUCUAACUGAUCUGACUGCAAUCUGCGUGGUUGGAAUCGAAGAUCCGGUCAGACCUGAGGUGCCUGAGGCUAUCCGGAAGUGCCAGCGCGCGGGCAUCACAGUGCGAAUGGUGACCGGAGACAACAUCAACACAGCCAGAGCCAUCGCCAUCAAGUGUGGCAUCAUCCACCCCGGAGAGGACUUCUUGUGCAUUGAAGGCAAAGAAUUUAACCGGCGAAUCAGGAACGAAAAGGGAGAGGUUGAACAAGAACGCAUUGAUAAAGUUUGGCCCAAACUGCGAGUGCUUGCCCGAUCCUCUCCAACAGACAAACACACACUGGUUAAAGGUAUCAUUGACAGCACCAUGGUGGAGCAAAGGCAGGUGGUCGCUGUAACCGGGGACGGGACCAAUGAUGGACCUGCUCUGAAGAAAGCAGAUGUGGGCUUUGCCAUGGGAAUUGCUGGCACAGAUGUGGCAAAGGAGGCCUCUGAUAUCAUCUUGACAGAUGACAACUUCUCCAGUAUUGUGAAAGCUGUGAUGUGGGGCCGCAAUGUCUACGACAGCAUCUCCAAGUUCCUGCAGUUCCAGCUGACCGUCAAUGUGGUAGCCGUGAUUGUGGCCUUCACCGGGGCCUGCAUCACGCAGGAUUCACCCUUGAAAGCUGUUCAGAUGCUGUGGGUCAACCUGAUUAUGGAUACCUUCGCAUCUCUGGCACUGGCCACGGAGCCGCCCACCGAAUCGCUGCUCAUGCGAAAACCCUAUGGCCGCAAUAAGCCACUCAUCUCCAGCACCAUGACUAAGAACAUUUUGGGCCAUGCCGUCUAUCAGCUCGUCAUCAUUUUCACUUUACUGUUUGUUGGUGAACGUUUGUUUGACAUAGACAGUGGCAGGAAUGCUCCACUGCACGCACCUCCAUCCGAGCACUACACUAUCAUCUUCAACACAUUCGUCAUGAUGCAGCUGUUUAAUGAGAUCAAUGCCCGCAAGAUCCAUGGCGAAAGGAACGUCUUUGAGGGCAUCUACAGGAAUCCCAUCUUCUGCUCUAUUGUUUUGGGGACGUUUGGAAUUCAGAUUGUGAUUGUGCAGUUUGGAGGGAAACCAUUCAGUUGCUCUCCUCUUGAUGCGGAAAAAUGGAUGUGGUGUGUGUUCCUAGGGCUCGGAGAACUGGUCUGGGGACAGGUGAUCUCAUCUAUCCCAAAUAACAAGCUCAGGUUUUUGAAAGCGGCAGGUCAGCUGUCGCAAAAGGACGACAUGCCAGAGGAGGAGCUAAACGAGGACCAGGAGGAGAUUGACCAUGCUGAGCGAGAGCUAAGGCGAGGCCAAAUCCUCUGGUUCCGUGGCCUCAGUAGAAUCCAGACUCAGAUUCGCGUUGUGAACGCAUUCCGUAGCUCUCUCUACGAAGGCCUGGAGAAACCGGAUUCCAGAACCUCUAUCCACAAUUUCAUGACUCAUCCUGAGUUUAGAAUAGAGGACUCCACACCCCACAUCCCCCUCAUAGAUGACACAGACAUCGAUGAUGAGAGAGCCAGGAAGAAUUAUAGUCAGCCCUCAUCUCCUAACAAGAACAACAAUGCCAUCGAUAGCGGUAUAAACCUAACUACUGACACAAGUAAAUCUGCUGCUUCCUCCAGUCCUGGGAGCCCCCUUCAUAGCCUGGAGACAUCCCUCUAGCCCCGAUCUUUCGGGCGAAUUGAAUGAAUCACUACACAGGACGUUACGUUUAAAAACCAGACGGAGCCAGCACACACGAAAAUGGAAUGUCUGCUGCUGACUGAACACGUGGUCAGGACCACGUCUUUUUUUUUUUUUUUCCUUUUUUUCCUCUGCUGAUAAGUUCAGGAGAAAGAGACUGAUUUAGGAUGUUUCUGGAUUGACUUGAAAGACAGUAUCCAGUGUAAACACCCCACUCCCCCCCCCGCCCCCCCGCCGAAAACGACGGACUAUAAUGAGAAUUAUUUAAAUCGAAUUCAGAUAUUAUAAUUGCUCCUGCAUGAAUGUACAUUACCCGAGUUUUUAUUUUGAAAUAAUUUUAUUUGGAUUCUAUGAUUUGAUUUGGUGGGAAGUGCCGUGGACUGAUAUUUUAAGACAGCUUAUCUGAUUCACUGAUCUUUGAGUAAUGUGUGUGGCAUGUACCUAACUGUAUAGAUUUAUUUGGUUAAUGAAUAAAGUGUAUGAAGGUUGCAGGGCUCAACUUGCACAGUAGAUUUGCACCUGGUGGAAAAGAGGAACCUAUGGAAAAUAGCAUUUAUUAAAAAUACUAUAUAUAAUAUACAUAAAUAUAUAAAUAUAUACAGAGUUUAUCUUUGUUGGCAUGUUGCCUUGUUUUCUGCUUCAACAACUCUAACUACUUUAACUUAUUUAUGUCCUAAAGAGAAUGUAAUUUGUUUACAAAACCCAUAGAUACGUCCUGGUUUCUUUGUAGGGUUCAAAACCAUACAGCAGACGUAGUUGGAAAAACUCAAGCUGUUGAGUACUCCUGUAAUAUUGGACUGUAGGUGUUUUAUUACAAACUGUGCUGGACUUGCCUGCUAUUUUGUCAAAUAAUGUAGAUAUUUUUAGAGGAUUACAAAAGAUACCAAAAUAUAAUUAAUGUGGGAUUAUAUUAUUAAUGUGGCAUCUUAGUAUUAUAUGAUUGUUGGGAUGAAGUCUGAACGGCUCCCAUUUUUUUCCAAACUCAGUUCUUAAGAUGAAGGGUUUAAUUCUAUACUUGCUCCUUUAAUUUUUUAAUUCAAUGCUUGACAUGAACUUUUGGUCAGUCUCGAAUAUGAGCAUACAUUUCAGGUUGGAUUUAAAUAUCUUCUUUAGGAUCACUGCUUAUUUAAACAAGAAAGAAAAAAUAUAUUUUACGAUUCUGUGUGACCAUCAAAGGCUGCAAUGCAUUUUAUGUUUGAAAACAUGUAAAUUAAGUUAUAUUUGGCUCAGCUGUAUGGAAAUCAAAGUUGUGUUGAAAAUCUUGUGAUAUAUUGUGUUGAAUCUUCUUUUCUGAAAGUUUUCAUUUCUAGAUUUAUUUCUUUUAAAGAAAGAAACCAGCUCCUGAGCUGUCAACACUUUGAACAACUGAAAACGUAACAAAAAACAAACAAAAAAAAACCAAUACAAAAUGGAAUGAUGCUUUUGAAUCUUUUUCUAAAAAGAAAAAUUACAUAUAUGAUCAUUUUCUGCACUAUCCAGAUAUGAAUGAAUUUCUGUGGUGUAACUUUAGAUGUGCUUCUGUGUGUUAAAAUCAAGCUUGUCUUCCUGCGGUCAGUAAAUAUACUCUAGCAUCUCAACAGUAUUCACUAGUUGUUAACUAUUUAUUGUGCUAUAGAGAGGACAAACUGAUGGUCAUUUCAGAAGGCACACUUAAAAUGGAACCAAUAUAACCAAGAUCCCUGAAAAUCUAUCAUAUUAUUAUCAUAUUUCCUAAAAAUUGGAACCAUGGGGGAAGCAUGAUAUCUUAUGCUUAAUAUGCAAGUUGAUCUCACUUUCCUUUGUCAGUCCAUGGUCCUGAUUUUUGUGUUUUGUCAGUUCACUUGCUCAUCUUGAGAUGGUGCACAAGCUUUAACUGUUUAUCUCAGGCAUGCGAAAACGUUCUACGUCAGAAAAUCAUCAGUCCCCUACGGUAAAUCCUGUUAUUCCUGCUCACAUUUUGCUCUUUUCACUUUUAACUCAUUUCAAAGCAACAUCUGCCAACAAUUUUCCUGCAGAACAGUUUUACAACAAAAUGCUUCAUCUGUGACGUUUUAAGUGGUGAGUGAGUGGUGAGUAGUUUGUACACAGGGAGGACUGUAGUGAAGAUGCAACUCCAAAUAUUUUUCAUGGACACGGCCUCUACAAUACUUCUGCAGUGCAACUGGCCUUGUUUGAUUAGAACGUUUUCCCAAAUAUCAGCAGGUCAAGUCAACUGCACAGUGCCUGGUGUUGCUGGGCCAAUACGUGGAUACAGUUAAAAACAUGUAUCGGUCAACCUAAAUGCAGACAUUCAAGCAGUCUAAUAAUUAUGAAUAAUAAUAUUUCUUGCAAUACAUCAGCUUCAAUGUACUGUACUUAGCAGCAUGCGUUUUGUGGAACAAGAAGAUAUACGCCACUGGUACUUUGGCACUCUAGCAAUUUAUGGGUAAAUGAUAAAUGUUCAUCCAUCUUGUUUUAUGAUUUUUUUUAAAUCUAUACAAUAAUUGUAAAUAAAGAAUUCAAUGUCUUUGUUCAUUUAAUACUAUGCAAAAAGUCAUGCUUUCUGAUUGUCAUCCACCUACUCUAGAGUGUGUUUCUGGAAUGUCUGUGGUCUCCAAAAGUCAGUACAUGAUGUGAUGUAAAUGAUUUUCUAGCCUGAAAAAAAGUUAUGAACUGUGACUCUUGCCGCUUCACUUGUCCGUAACCCAACUCCAGACAGGAGCGCAAGUAAAAAAAAAAGAGAAAAAAAAAAAAGAAAAAAGACAAGAAAAGAAAAAAAAAACCAGCACUUAAUAAAUUCACAGAGCAGCAUGAACAAGAGUUAUGUCUAAUCAACGGUGUGGAGUCUUGUUUUCCUCCAUAUGUAUGCGUUGCACUGAGUUGCACUGGGAUAUAGUGGAACCUCAUGAACCACUAUAAGAAUUAAGAAAAUCAACUGGAGUUUGCUUACCAUGACUGUAAUAAAAAGAACUUUUGAUUUUGGCUUCA